AUGACGCUAGUCACUCUAAGGCGUCCCGCAGUCGCCGCCACCACUGCUGGAGUGGCUCUCACCCAGGCAGCUUGCCUCCACCUUGUCGGCCCGCCGCUCGUCUGGCCACAACUCAUUCUCGCCAUUACAAUAGCAGCUGCGCUGAGUCUGUCGUCACCUCCCCCAACCUCGCGUCUGGCCCGCGGCUUGGUACUCACACUCUCUGCUAUCGCUGCCUACGCCGGCCUCCUUGUUGUCAUCGCUGCACCCUCGCCGCUUGCUGCCUCCGUCGCCAUCGUCGCCCCGCUUGCUCUCUGGACUGGCCUCGCCGCGCACACUCUGACGGCGGUCUCCCCACUCGUUGCUCCUGCUCGCGCCCUCAUCCUCUCAUACUACGCGAGUGUACUUGUUCUACUCCUCCACGACGCACCCUAUGCCUUUGUCGAUACCGAGCUGGCAACAAGCGUGGCCCUUGUCGGCACGCUUGCCAUCUCGCUCGUCGCCCGCGUCGUCGACGACGCUGCAGACCCCAGCCCUGUCCGCUGGCUCGCCCUCUCGUCGGAUUUGGCGGCCCGCGUCCGCCGAAGCGGCUGCUCCAUCGUCAAUUGGAAUGCCUCUUCCGCCGCCACGCUCCUCGCCACUCCCGAGGCUGAGCUCGCCACGACAGUGGUAAGCCACCAGGGCGCGUUGUUUCUGCUUUUUGAGCUUGAUCCUGUCUCCCACGCCCCACGCCCGCAUCCCGCUGUUCCGCAUCUCUCUGCCGCCGCCCUCGCCCUUACCGCCAUCGCCUACGAGCUGGCUGCCACUGCCCUCGCCACCCGCUUCCUCGUCCACGGCCUCAUGAGUCUCGUCCUCGUUGGCGUUCUCGGCUGCAUCGCCCUCGCCCAGCAACAGACGCCAGGUCACAGGUAG